AUGUCAAACAAUCAAGAAGAAUUAUUAGAUUAUUCCGAUUCUGAAGAAAUUGCUGUUACCCAACAACAACCAGAAACCAGUGACGCCACUAAAGAUGCCGACAAAAAAGGAUCUUACGUUGGUAUUCACGCUACUGGUUUCAGAGAUUUCUUAUUAAAACCAGAAUUAUUAAGAGCCAUCGGUGAUUGUGGGUUUGAACAUCCUUCAGAAGUCCAACAAGUGUGUAUUCCUCAAUCUAUCUUAGGUACUGAUGUUUUAUGUCAAGCCAAAUCAGGUUUAGGUAAAACCGCUGUUUUCGUUUUAUCAACUUUACAACAAUUAGAACCAGUUGCUGGAGAAGUUUCAACUUUAGUUAUUUGUCAUACUAGAGAAUUAGCUUAUCAAAUUCGUAACGAAUAUGCUAGAUUCUCUAAAUAUAUGCCAGAUGUUAAAACUGAAGUUUUCUACGGUGGGGUUCCAAUUAAAGAUGAUAUUGCUAAAAUCAAAAACAAAGAUACUUGUCCUCAUAUUGUUGUAGCUACUCCAGGUAGAUUACAUGCUUUAGUUACUGAAAAAGCUUUAAGAUUAAACAAUAUCAAAUCAUUUGUUAUUGAUGAAUGUGAUAAAGUUUUAGAAGCUAUUGAUAUGAGAAGAGAUGUUCAAGAUAUUUUCAGAUCAACUCCUUUACAAAAACAAGUUAUGAUGUUUUCAGCUACUUUAUCACAAGAAAUUAGACCUAUUUGUAAAAAAUUCAUGCAAAAUCCUUUAGAAAUCUACGUUGAUGACGAAGCUAAAUUAACUUUACAUGGUUUACAACAAUAUUAUCUUAAAUUAGAUGAAAAGGAAAAGAACCGUAAAUUAAGUGAUUUAUUAGAUUCUUUGGAAUUUAACCAAGUUAUUAUUUUCGUUAAAUCCACUCAAAGAGCUGAACAAUUGAAUAAAUUAUUAUGUGCUUGUAAUUUCCCUUCAAUUGCUGUUCAUUCUGGUUUGAAACAAGAAGAAAGAAUUGCUAGAUAUAAAUUAUUCAAAGAAUUCAACAAAAGAAUCUGUAUAUCAACUGAUGUUUUCGGUAGAGGUAUUGAUAUUGAAAGAAUCAAUUUAGCUAUCAAUUACGAUUUACCAAAUGAAGCUGAUCAAUAUUUACAUAGAGUUGGUAGAGCUGGUAGAUUCGGUACCAAAGGGUUAGGUAUUUCAUUCGUCUCUACUAAAGAAGAUGAAGAAGUCUUAGAAAAAAUCCAAUCAAGAUUCGAUGUCAAAAUCACUGAAUUUCCAGAAGGUGGAGUUGAUCCUUCAACUUACAUGAAUACUUAA